AUGACAACUCCUCUUCCCCAUUUGGAUCUUUUCAGACCUCCUCGUUUUCCGACAGCUAUCCCUACCUCAGCUGCUGGGGUUGGUUUUACCCAUUUCCAUUCCGUUCCCUUUUCUUCGACCGCUCGUACGAGAUUUUCCUCUUCAUGGAGCUGUUCUGCGCGGAAAAACAAGUGGCGUAUUGGAUGUGAGAGUAUACAAGGCGUGGAAAAUUCUGACGAUGGAGAAAACAAUGCUAUUCAAAUGUAUGGUUCUGAUGAAGAAGGCUCGUUAAAGAUUCCAACUCAAAUUGGAACUAUUGUUAGAGGGUCUGGUUCUGGGACUGGGUCCGAAGAUGUUCUCGUAUCGGAGUAUAAACCCAUGCCUGAUGUGGACUACCUGCAGGAGUUACUGGCAAUCCAACAACAAGGGCCGAGAGCAAUUGGCUUCUUUGGGACACGUAACAUGGGGUUCAUGCACCAAGAGCUCAUUGAGAUUCUCAGCUAUGCACUCGUCAUUACUAAAAAUCAUAUCUUCACGUCUGGAGCAUCGGGCACUAAUGCUGCUGUGAUUAGAGGAGCCCUUCGUGCUGAAAAACCCGAGCUGCUUACUGUGAUAUUGCCACAAAGUUUGAAAAAGCAAUCUUCUGAGAGUCAAGAGUUACUUUCUAAGGUACAAAAUGUGAUUGAGAAGCCUCACAAUGAUCAUCUUCCAUUGAUAGAGGCUAGUAGGCUCUGUAACAUGGACAUCAUCUCUGAAGUACAGCAGGUUAUCUGUUUUGCCUUUCACGACAGUCGAUUGCUCAUGGAAACGUGUCAAGAAGCCAAGAACAUGCGCAAGAUAGUGACUCUGUUUUAUCUGGAUUGA